UUCAACCGGUUCAAGUAUAUAUUAUAUAUUGUCGAGAGUUGAUAUCAUAGAAGUAUAAGAAUACGUCUUCUUAUACCUCUGUGGUUGAUAUGCACACUCCAGUCUUGAAUGUCUGAUAAUGAAUUAACAUUAAGUGCUGAUUGUGGAACAAUACAUAGUCAGCUUUGCUCGUUAUAUAGCUGCUACCCUGUAUAAUUGUAUCUUUGAGAAAAAACCAUAAUUGUGUAAUAAACACAUAAAAAAUGUCUUCUUUUGGCAGAGUUGGUGCAUUGCAGAAAAGAUUGUCCAGUUCCCAAGGGAACUUGAAAGAUGUUGUUAUUGUCAGUGCUGUUAGGACUCCGAUGGGAUCUUUCCUGGGUUCUCUGUCCUCGUUGUCUGCUACAAAACUUGGAGCCGUAGCCAUACAAGCUGCUAUUGAAAGAGCUUCUAUUGCCAAAGAGCAGGUGACAGAGGUUUAUAUGGGCAAUGUCUGUCAGGCAUACCUUGGUCAAGCCCCAGCUAGGCAAGCAACUUUAUUUGCUGGUCUUCCAAAAUCCACCAUUUGUACGACCAUUAACAAGGUAUGCGCAAGUGGAAUGAAAAGUGUAAUGUUAGGAGCUCAAGCCCUUCAGUGUGGACACCAAGAAGUCAUUCUUGCUGGUGGCAUGGAGUCCAUGUCAAAUGUUCCAUUUUACCUGAAACGUGGAGAAACCACAUACGGGGGUGUCAAACUUGAGGACGGUAUUGUGUUUGACGGAUUGACCGACGUUUACAACAAAUUCCACAUGGGCAAUUGUGCGGAAAAUACGGCCAAGAAAUUGGGUAUCACUCGAGAGCAGCAGGAUGAAUAUGCCAUAAGUAGUUACAUGAGGAGUGCCGCAGCUUACGAGCAAAGUAUCUUUCAAGAUGAAUUAGUGCCUGUCAAUGUGCCUCAGAAAAGAGGAAAGCCAGACGUUGUUUUUUUUGCCGAUGAAGAGUACAAGAAAGUCAACUUUGAAAAGUUCAAGAAAUUAACAACAGUCUUUCAGAAGGAGAAUGGAACGGUGACAGCUGGGAAUGCAUCAACGCUGAACGACGGAGCAGCAGCCCUUGUUUUAACUACAGCUGAUAACGCCCAAAAAUUAAAUCUCAAACCAUUAGCUAGAAUCGUUGGCUUCCAAGACGCUGCCACUGAUCCCAUUGACUUCCCCAUUGCUCCAGCUAUAGCUAUUCCUACUCUGUUGAAAAAUGCUGGUGUUAACAAAAACGAUAUUGCCUUGUGGGAAGUCAAUGAAGCGUUCAGUGUGGUUGCAGUUGCCAAUCAAAAGCUGUUGGACAUUGAUCCCGCCAAAGUCAACGCUCAUGGCGGAGCUGUGUCAUUGGGACAUCCAAUUGGAAUGUCCGGAGCGAGAAUCAUUGUGCAUUUGGUGCACGCUUUGAAAACGGGUGAGAAAGGUGUUGCUUCCAUCUGCAACGGAGGUGGUGGAGCGUCGUCAAUUUUAAUACAGAAACUGUAAGUUUUUUUUUAAAACUAACUUGUUGAAAACUCUGUCUCGAUUAUUGGGAUACUUGUCGAGAAUUUUCUAUAACAUAUUGUGCAUUUACUUGUGAUACCACUAAUCUUUGCAACAUGUAUACAUGCAGACUUUUUAAAACUAUAUUUAUAUUUUAUAACAAUGUUAUGUACUAUUUUUCUACGA